AUGGAGGAUAAAAUUGAAACUGUUCUUGAUGAGUUAAACAAAGCAGAAGGGGUAAAAGGUGUAUUAGUGGCUGAUAAACAUGGAUUAUGCUUAGGCACUCGUGGUAUAGCAAAACCAUCUUCAGCAGGAUUUGUAGCUGCAGUCGCAUCAAAUGCCAGAGAAUUAUAUCAACAUGAUGAACAGAAUCGGCGACAAGGUAAUGAAGGUGGUGGUGUUGGGAAUGAUUCAAGUGGAAUAACGUUAAUAGAUGAUAAUCUCAAAGAACAAUUGGGACAAAAUAAUGGAAUCGUCAGUGGUGGUGAUGUAGCAGGUAUUGGAGGUGAAUCAUUGCUGAAUAGUAAUAAUAUAACAAAAGAACAAAGAAUUUCACCAAAUCAGCAACAAUUAGCAUCGUGGUCGUCUACUGUAAAGAUAGAGGCUGAAGAAAAUGUGACAAUACUAAUACAAAGUGACGGGAGUUAUACCCUUGCAAUAUUUAAAUGA